GUUUACAUAUAUAAGACUGCAUUCGCCUUGUAUAAUCCCCAGUUAGACCCAGACCUCUUAAUGUCAAACAUGAGAUUAAUACUUGUGACAGUGUUAGGUGUUCUAUGUGAAAUCAGCCACAGUUUGUACAUAGCAUCGAAUGAUAAACAAUAUGCGCGUUACUUAGUAGACUUCGGUUACCUAAGUAGAAACAGUUUGAGCUGCAGUAGUGGCCAUUGCAACGUCGACGAUUCUGAUUUUGCAAAUGCCCUCAGAUCUUUUCAAAACUACGCAAAAACCUCAGCGACAGGAACUUUAGACAGCUCAACUAAAUAUUUGAUGUCUUUGAGUAGAUGUGAAGGUAAGGACGUCUUGAGGGGUAGUCGGUCGAAGAGAUAUACAACGAUUGGACACUGGCCCAAGAAACACAUCACGUACAAGAUUACCAAAUACUCAUCCACAAUGAGCAAACAAGAUGUGGACUCGCUAAUAUUCUUAGGAUUUUCUGUCUGGUCUGAACCAAGUGGAAUCACUUUUACGAAGAGAGACUCAGGUCGCACCGACAUAGAAAUAAGAUUUGGUAAUUUACCCGCAAAGCCUGACAAUAGAAUUGCAUUCGGCAACACGAAAACAAAACAUAAAGCCAGUGUUAUAACAUUAAAUGACGACAUUCCAUGGACGCAGGAUUUCACUAGAGGAGAACCCAAUCUUUUCCAAACAGUUUCCCACGAAAUAGGCCACGUGAUUGGUUUGGGACACACCGACGUAACCGGCGCUAUGAUGUACCCUAUAUAUGACCUUGGUAUUAAAAUAUUUUCACUCCAUGACGACGACAUACAAGGCGUUAGGAAUAACUACAAGGAUCUCGAUGUAGUUUCAUACCCAGGUCGGCCAAUAUACCGAAAGAACUCCAACCAAUUUAACAAGAACUUCAACAACUUCAGAGACCAUUUCACAAACACAUUCAAAAAUACUUUCGGCGAGACGGUGGAUUUCGAUGACAUUAACUUACCCAAGGAUUGGUUCUCCGGUGGUUUUUAAAUAACUUUUUACCAUGGAAUUUAUCGACACUUGUACUUUGCAGUUUACAUCAUUAAUGCAAACUAAAGUGCAGCAUUACACAUGAUAUGUUAGAAACAUAAUAAACGCAUUCAAAAAAAAA